AUGGCACCCACCAUCACCAACGUCGCUCUCUCAGGUCCCACGGGUAACGUCGGAGCCCCCAUUCUGAAAGCUCUUGUGGAUUGCGGAAAGUUCAAAGUUACGGUCCUUACUCGUAAGGAAGGUCAAGAGGUUCCCAGUGGUGUAACCGCCAAAGUUGUCGACACAAACUCUGUCGAAUCAAUCACAGAAGCUCUGCGCGGUCAGGAUGCCUUUGUUGACGCGUCAUCUGGUCCCGACCCCGGCCUUCCAGGCCGGUUUGUCGAGGCAGCAGCCGCUGCCGGAGUCUAUCGCAUGAUUGCCAGCGAGUUCAGUGUUGACCCUCGGAAUACGGAGGCUCGCAAACCCUUGGUCUUCCAUGGAAAGAACCUGGCGCUUCAGCAGCUGGAAAAGCUUGCGGCUGAAGGCAAGAUCACAUGGACCACGAUUUCAAACGGUGCUUUCUUAGACUGGAACCUGCGCUCAGGCUUCAUCAACAUCGACAUCUUCGAGAAGAAGAUCAAGUACUUGAACGAAGGCAACACAAAGCUAGCCUGGACCAUGCUUGCAGACGUUGGAACUGCUGUUGCAAACGCACUCAUCAAGCACGAGGAGACCAAGAACCGUAACCUCUACAUAUCUUCCAUCAUCAAGACUCAGAGUGAUGUGGCAAACCUAGCCAAGGAGGUCCUAGGAAGUGAUGGAUGGCAAGAGGAGCAUCAAAAUAUGGAUGAGAGGCUCAAGGCCGCCACGGAGAACAUGAUGGCCGGCAAAGUCGACAUGGGCGUCAUUGGCGAUAUGAUCCGGUGGUCGACACAAGUACCUCAGCCAGCCUGGAACCAACAAGAGGACAACAAGCUAUUAGGUGUAACGCCUAUGAGCGACGACGAACUGCGCCAGCUCAUCAAGAACGUCCGUGCCGAGCGCAAGUGA